GUGGACGGCUGCUUUUUCAUUUAAGAUCCACUAAAAAACCACAAUCAUAAGAACUUCCUUCUUCCAAUCUCCAUAUCCACAGCCCAGCUUCCCUCGCGUUAAUAUGCAAACAUUUAAUGCAAACGCCUACUCAUUUGGAGGCUCGGAUACCCUGCAUAACAUUCAUGUGGAUGUAGCCAGGCAAGAAGUCUCAAACCAAAACGGUGUCAGCUAUCGUCACCGGCAAGGCAUUGAAGAGAAGGCCAAUUCUCACAAGGCGUUUCCAUCGGCUAUUUCGCGCUUGCCCACAGAAAUCCUCACCCAAAUCUUCUUGUACUGCAUCCCAGAAGACGGAGACUUGACGCCUACACGAGAUCUAGCCCCCAUGUUGUUGACCACAGUAUGUCGACGAUGGCGGGAGGUCGCUGUGGACAUACCGAGCCUAUGGCGCAGGCUGCGUUUGGAAGUCGGGCACGGUGACUGGAAACAGAGAGCUUUCUGCUAUGACACCUACCUCAAGCGAUCGCGAGGACGUCAGUUGUCAUUGACACUUGAGUGUCAUGCUGAUGACUCGACGGAGCUACGAAGCCUGCUCCAUCCAUACGUCGAUCAAAUAUCAUCGCUGUCUGUCGGGUUAUUUUACGGUACUGGCUCUUGUCCAGUGGUGGUAGCAGAUUUUGGGGGACUCGAAGAGUUGGUUAUGUACACGAAGGGUUCUGAUCCCGUGCUAGCUCUCGCGCACUCCAUCACCCACUCUAUCACGCAACUGCCGCCCAGCAUGCACACUCUCAAGAUAACGGACCUGUGGCUUGACCUUAAAAUAUUAUCUGGCUUCAAUCCUCUCGCAUGGGCCAGUCUCACGAGUCUCGAGAUCGUGGUAGAGGCACUCGAUUGCUUCCCCCACUUACUCCGCAUGUGUCCCAACCUCACAUCCUUGACGAUCAUUGGCAUUUUCAUGUCGGCGAUCGAAACCUCGGACACAACGUCGCACCCCAAGCUUCAAUCCUUGCGCAUAUCCGGGGAUUUGAGUUUGGAUUGGAUCGGAGAUUUCGGGCUAUUCGAUAUCAUCACGCUUCCUAGUCUGCGCGCGGUCGAGGUUCGCAAUGUAGGGACAUGGCCUCAUGAAGGGUUCAAGGCGUUUUUGACGCGGUCUGGGUGUCCCAUCGAGAGCUUAAUCUUUGGCGGUGGAGUGAUGAUAACGGAUCGGCAGCUAGAAGAAUAUGUUACUAUUUUUCCUUCUCUCGCGGUAGUGACAGAUCCUAUGCGUUCCUCGUUUUACUUUUGACUUGAAUGAACUCGGACAAUAGUUUAUACUUAUCCUACACAAUUGUUUGGUGCUACGUAGUUCACGAUAUGAUGAUACGGAGAUUGUGCCAUAGCCUAUACUUAUCCUACGAUACGAAUAUGAUCGCGACUCAGUCAGGAGACGGGCAGGCAUCUG